AUGACUCGUGGAGGAGAAGACAUUCGUCUAGCAGGAAGCGUGGACAGCGACGGUCGAACGCUCGUUUCGGAACUCAACACCAAGGCAGAAAUGCAGCAUCUGAGCUGCUUUGCAGGUGGUAUGGUUGCGAUUGCUUCAAAAGUGUUUGAAAAUGAGGAUGACUUGAAGUUGGCGAGGAAGCUUGUGGAAGGUUGCCUGUGGGCGUAUGAAGUGAUGCCACUGGGCAUCAUGCCAGAGAUCAUGCAUACCGUAGCUUGCGACAUAGAAAAGUCAUGCCCAUGGGAUGAGACCAAGUGGCACGAAAAAAUUCACGAAACACAUGAAGGCCCAGAGGAUGUGGACUCCAAGAUUCGGACUCAUCGCCUUGCUGCGGGGGUGGUCAAGGUGGACGAUACUCGAUACAUACUCCGGCCCGAGGCAAUUCAGUCGGUCUUUAUCUUAUAUCGAGUUACCGGGGAUCCGUCUCUCCCACAGCGGGCUUGGAAUAUGUUCAACGCUAUUAUACAGCAUACAUUAACAGACAUUGCUCAUGCAGGUUUGGAUGAUUGCACGGUACCAAAUCCUCCGAAGGCCGACAGGAUGGAAUCAUUCUGGAUGGCAGAGACUUUGAAGUAUUUCUACCUUAUUUUCUCCGAGCCAAGUGUUGUUAGCUUGGAUGAAUACGUGCUCAACACGGAGGCGCAUCCGUUGAGGCGGACUAGUUGA